UUGUGCACGGUGUGAGAGAUACAGCGCGAGAGGAGAGCCUGAGUAAUACAGAGUGAAGCUCACGCACCAUGCAUUCACACGCCUGAGAGCUUCACAACCAGAGCUGAGAACAUCUCUGAGGACUUUACACACAAUAUCCUGAAUCCUGAGAUACGGAUUCAUCUGCACUGGUGGAUAAAUCAAGGGAAAGCAUCAUCUCCAGCUCUGUGGAACACCAUCUGCAGCUUCUGCUCCGGCAUAAUCUAUCUCUACGUAUCUCCAAACCACAGCAGGGGUCAGAGGUCGGCUCGAUUAAAGAUUUGAAGAUUGGAGCAAGUUGACACUGGAGGUCAAAAACCUCUCAAGAGGCUCAAAACUCAAGAGGAAGUCCUGGGAAGGAGCGUUUUCUCAGUAUUGGGUCUUGGAGACUCGAAGAUCACAGUUAUUACAGUGUGGAAUGUAGAGAAGAACACACAGGACAGAUUCAUUCCAGUAAGGAGAUUUAAAGCAUUUUUAAAGUCUGGAAUUACCAAAAACUACUGACUACUGAUCCACCACAGAUAUUAUGGAUGUGUUUGGUGGAGCUCCCCGUGUUCUCAGGUACCCUCGCCCGGUUCUGGUGAAACGUGGCUCGGAUGCUCUUCUCAGAUGUCAGAUCGGUGGAGAUCCUCAGCCGGAUGUAGUUUGGGAGAGGAAGAACGUGCCCAUCGUUCCGGAUGGGCGCUACUGCAUCGCCCAGGAUGGCAAAGUUUACACCCUCGCCAUCUCUGGAGUCACUCUGGAAGAUGCUGGACAGUACAUCUGCAGAGCUAAGAACAGCAUCGGCGAGACGUACGCAGCUGCAACUCUCAAAGUAGAGGAGCAAUCUCAGGAGGACCAGCUGGAAAAGCCAUUUCAAGUACCGGAAGUCCAGCAGGAAGUCAAGGUUGUGCCACCUGAGCAAGAAAUUAAGACCUUUCAACAUCAUCAACAGAUACAACCUACACCAAAACCAGAUAAAGAAGCAGAUCUAUUCCAAGACAACAGGCCUCGCUUCCUCAUCAAACCUCUAUCUUUGAGAGUAGACCGUGGUGAAGAUGCUGCGUUUUCCUGUAAGCUGUGGGGUGACCCCCUGCCCGAGGUGGUGUGGGAAAAAGACGGCAAGCAGCUCAAGGAGAUCUACGAGAGCGCCCACUUUCACAUAGGCCAGCAGGACGGAGGAUGGUUCCAGCUGAAGAUCUUUCGGACGCGAGCUCCAGACGGUGGAGUCUACACCUGCAAGGCAUCCAACAAGCAUGGCACCACUGUGGCUGGAGCCGUACUGCUUGUGGAACCCGUGCCAGAGCACCGAGGCGAAAACCACCAGAACGGCUUCACCAACGGCCACUGGUCCCCAAACCAGAGCAAGGAAAAAUACCCAAGAGCCAAACACUCCAAAGAGCCUCAACUGAACGCAGCCAAGGCCAAGAAGUUCACCGUCACCGAGGGAAAACAUGCCAAAUUCCGCUGCUACGUCACUGGAAAACCCAAACCGGAGAUCGUGUGGAAGAAGGACGGAGAGCCUAUCGAACCUGGGCGGCGCCACCUGCUGUUUGAGGACAGGGAAGGGUACUACACCUUGAAAGUGCUUUACUGCAAACAGCAGGACUGUGGACUCUACAUCUGCGCGGCUUCGAACGCUCUGGGGAACACACUGAGCGCGGUGCAUCUCUCUGUGAAAGGACCGCCGGUGCGGUUCAAGCGGGGCCUGCAGGACACGGAAGUCAGAGAGCGGGAUGUUGCUGUUCUGGAGUGCGAGGUUCCUGAGGAAUCGAUCCCCACAGCGUGGUACCUGGAGGACCAGAGGCUUCAGCCGGGCAGUAAAUACGGCAUGGAGCAGAAGGGCACGAGGCGGCGGCUCACUAUACGAGACGUGGGAGCAGACGAUGAUGGAGUCUAUCUGUGUGAGAUGCCUGAUGGAGGGAAGAGCAUUGCAGAGUUGGCUGUUAAAGGUACGAUUGUGAAGAAGCUUCCUCGCAGGUUGGAGGUUUUGGAAGGGGAGAACGCAGCGUUCUGUGUGGAGGUGGAGGAGGAGGAGAUGGAGGUGUACUGGUUUAAAGAUGGUCUCCAGUUGAGGGAGACGCAUCAGACCAUCAUCAAAUCCUUCGGAAAAACCCACAUCCUGGUCUUCGUCAACACCUCGUACCAGGACUCCGGCACCGUCACCUUCGUAGCAGGAAGAUCUAAAACAAGCUCCAAACUACGAGUUAAAGCUAUACGACAUUGUCCUCCCAUCUGUCCUGUGGAAGUCCAGAUGAACACAGAUUGUCCGAACGGUGUCCUCCUGUCCUGGUCUCCCUCUCCUAACUUACAGAACUCCACUAAGUCAGUGUACAUGGUGGAGUUUCAGGAGGCGGGGUCUCAGGAGUGGCAGAGAUGUUUGACGACAGAGACGGGGACCUCAGCGGAGAUAACGGGGGACAGUGUGCCGUGUGAUGGGAAGUACCGCUUCCGGAUCUGCUGCGUUAACAAAUACGGCCGGAGCGGCCAUGUGGAGUUCCCUAAAGCCGUGCAUCUGGUACCUGGUCCAAAGAUUAAAACUCCUCUGAGGAACGCUGUGGUGACUGAAGGGGAGGACGCCGUGUUCUGCAUUGAGCUCUCCGCCUCCAUGAUCGGCACCUGGUUCCUCAACAGCACUCAGCUGCAGGCCAGCGAGCGCGUUAGCAUCAGCCAAUCAAAAGCCCUGCACACCCUGCGCUUCCACAACACGCCCCAGGUGUACGAUGGAGCCGAGAUCACCUUUAUCGCCACUGGAGUCCGAGACUCUGCAGUCCUGCAGGUACAAGCUGCUGUGGUGAAGUUCGUUCCUCAGUCAGAGGCGGAUCAGAAUAAGCGAGUGGAGGCAGGAAGCCCCAUCGUUCUGUACUGUGAGGUUUCCCACCCUGCAGCCGAGGUGCGCUGGUUUAAAGACGGGCGGGAGCUUCACCGAGAGGAAGGGCUGAAUAUCCAAUCAGACGGCAACAUGAGGAGGAUCGUUAUCCAAUCAUCUGAGUAUUUACACUCCGGGGUUUACACCUGCCAAUCAAACGACGAUGUCAUCACCUUUAAUGUGAACGUUGAAGCACCGCAGGCCAGGUUUGAGAGUCUGAGCGAGGCUGAGAGGAGCAGGUCUGUGGAAGCUGGAGAGCUGUUAGUGCUGCACUGUGAGGUUUCUGAUCCGGAUGCAGAGAUCUGCUGGUUUAAGGACGGAGAACCCGUCUGUCUCCACAGCGGGGUUCACCUCCAGACUGACGGAAACGUCCGGACUCUGGUGAUCGAGUGUGCAGACUACGAUCACUCCGGCACAUACGAGUGUCGCUCUGCUGAUGAUGUUGCUGUGUUUCAGGUGGACAUUACAGGUCCUCCGGUGUCGUUUAAGGAGAUGGCAGCAGAGGAGAGGCAGAAGAGCACUAUGGAGCUGGACCCGGUGGUGCUGCACUGUGAGCUCUCCAGGCCAGACGCCUCCACCCUCUGGUUUAAAGAAGGAGUCGAGAUCCUCCAGAAUGAUAAUUUCACCAUCCAGGCCGAGGGCACCAUGCGCCGGCUCAUCAUCCGCUCGGCACAGCUCAGUGACGCCGGCUCGUACACGUGCCAGGCUGGAGAAAACACCAUGUCCUUCACUGUUAAUAUUAAAGAGCCUCCAGUGACUAUAGUGGAGCCUAAAGACGAUGUUCGAUUGGAGCGCUACGUCUCAGAGGAGAUCGUACUGAACUGUGAGCUCUCUCGCUCUAACGGAGACGCCUGCUGGUUUAAAGACGGUCUGAAAGUAAACGAGGAUGAGAAUAUCCGUCUGAGCUCUGAGGGUCCGUACAGGAAACUGAGCAUCCUCUGCGCCUCCAGGAGAGACGCGGGAGAGUACGUCUGUGAUACAGGAGGAGACUCUGUCUUCUUCCAGAUCAGCGUUACAGAAGCUCCAGUGCGGAUCGUAUCUCCAGCCGAGUCUGAGGUGGACGUCUGUCUGCUGGCGGGAGAACGGCUGGAGUUGAGCUGUGAGAUCUCGAAGGCGGAGGCGGAGGUGUGCUGGUACUGUGAUGGUAUGGAGGUGGAGGAGAGUGAGGAGCUCGUACUGGAGGAGGAUGGAGUUCACCGCCGGCUGAUCAUAACCCGGACCACCAUAGACGAUUCAGCAGAGUACGUCUGUGAAACCGCAGACGAUUCCCUGACCUUCUGGGUCAAAAUAGAAGAGCCUCCUGUAAAACUCUCCAGCUCUAAGAAGAUAGAUGGUAUCAUGCAGACGUUUGCCGGAGAAGCUGUGGUCCUGGAGCUGGAAGUGUCUCGAGAGAACGCUGAUGUGUGCUGGAUGAAGGAUGGAGAGAAGGUGGAGGAGAGCAGCAACAUCACCAUCACUGUAGACGGCCUGAUCCGCAAACUGAUCAUCCACUCGCCAAAGCUCUCAGACUCCGGCCUCUACACCUGCAACGCUAUAGACGACACCAUGGACUUCCAGCUCAAAAUUACAGAAUCUCCUCUUAAAAUCCUGAAGAAAGAUGAGAUAAAGACCGAGUACAAGGCCUUGCUCUCGGAUGACAUCGUGCUGGAAUGUGAGCUGUCCAGACCUAACGGUGAAGUGAAGUGGUAUAAAGAUGGAGGGCGUAUCGAGGAAAACGAGCGAUUCUGCUUCGAGGAGGAAGGAGCGUUCAGAACUCUGGUGAUCCUCUGUGCGGAGCGGGAGGACACAGGGGAAUAUUUACUGGAUGCGAAAGAUGACAGUAUUUCAUUUCAUGUCACUGUGCAAGAGCCUCCUGUGAGGAUUCUGGGAAACUCAGGGCAGCCUGAUGUCCAGGAAAUGGUGGCAGGUGAUGACCUGAUCCUGGCGUGCGAGGUGUCCCGUGCGAACGCACCUGUUCACUGGCUCUUUAACGAGAAACCACUGCUUCCUGACUCUCGCAUCAAUAUCGAGAGUUACGGCACACUGCGCAAACUCACCAUCUCCAACAUCCAGCCCUCCGACUCCGGGAAAUACAUGUGCGAUGCUGCUGAUGAUAAAAUGCUGACUGUGAUUAAAGUGCAGGAGCCUCCGGUGGAGUUCCUGGAUAAGGAGGACAUGGUGAUGGUUACGGGUUAUGAGGCGGAGAGCGUCACUCUGACGGCCGUGGUGUCCAGGAGCAACGCCCCGGUGCGCUGGAUGAAGGACUGGACGCCGGUCAGUGGUGAACGCUUUUACACGGACAGCCAGAGCCUGACGCGCACUCUCACCAUCAACCCUCUGAAGAGAUCUGACGCUGGAGAAUACACGUGUGAUGCCAAUACAGACGAGCUGCACUUCAGUCUGCUGGUGAAAGAAAUGCGUAUAAAGUUUGUAAAGCCGCUGGUGGACAGCGUGGCUCAUAAGGACGGUAUGAUCACUCUGCGCUGUGAGGUCUGUAAGGCGAAGGCUGAUGUUCAGUGGCUGAAGGACGGUAUUGAGAUCAUCCCCAGCCGCCGCUUCUCCAUCCGGGCCGACGGCACCGAGAGGAGCCUCACCAUCCACCGAGUCAACAAAGAGGAUGCUGGAGAAUACGCCUGCGAGUCUAAAGACGACCGAACCAGCGCCAGGAUCAGAGUGGAGCUGCCCCGUGUGGUGGAGUUCCUCACCGAGCUCCACAACACCACCGUGAUGGAGGGCGAGGAGGCCACCUUCAAGUGCGUGGUGUCUCCGGAUGAUGUUCAGAUGGUCUGGCUGAUGGACGGAGAGAUCAUCAAACCCAGCGAGCGAAUCUUCAUCGAGCAGAACGGCCUGUGCCACACGCUGAUCAUCCGUAACGUGCAGCUGCUGGACUCCUCCAGGAUCACGGCCGAGGCCGAGGGGGUCGUCUCUAAAGCCAGUCUGAAGGUUCAGGAGGCUCAGGUGCUGUUCACUAAGAGGAUGGAGGCGGUGAUGGCGGAGGAGUUUGGAGAAGCCGUGCUGGAGACGGAGGUCAGUCUGGAGUCGGGGGAGGUGCAGUGGAUGCGGCAGGGCGUGGUGAUCCAGCCGGGGCCGCGGCACACGCUGAUCCUGAACGGCCGCAGGAGGGGCCUGAAGAUCACCAACCUCAGCCUGUCCGACCGCGGCACCUACCGCUGCGAGACCCUGCACGACCGCACCCAGGUCAAACUCAACGUGGAGCCCAGGAAGAUCAGCGUACGUAAGGGUCUGCAGGACGUGGAGACGUUUGAGAGGGAGACGGCCUCGUUCGAGGUGGAGCUUUCUCACGCGGAGGUGGAGGGCGUGUGGCAGAAAGACGGACUGAGGAUUAAACCCAACAACACGUUCCGGGUCAGCACUAACGGAAGCGUGCACGGACUCACGCUCACUAAUCUCACGCUGGAGGACACGGGUACCAUCACCUUCACCGCAGAAGGGCUCCGGUCCACCGCCCGACUCAACGUUAAAGAGACUCCAGUGGUGAUCCUGAAGAAGUUGUCAGAUGUUCGGUUUGAGGAGGGAUCUCCGGUCACACUGGAGUGCGAGCUGUCCAGACAAAACGUGGAAGUUAAAUGGCUGAAGAAUGGUCUGGAGCUGAAGUCGGAUAAGGGUGUGAGGGUGUACUCGAUGGGGAGGAAGCGCUGUGUGCAGAUCAUGCAGAGCACCGUGAGCGACUCCGGCGUUUAUACCUGCGAAACCGGCGACCUCUGCACCUCCUGCACUCUCCAAAUCUACGAGCGGGAGCUGGAGAUCGUGACUGAGCUGGAGGAUUUAUACAUUAAGGAGGAUCAGAACGCUGUGUUUAUGUGUGAGGUGUCUAUGGAGGACAUGCCUGGAGACUGGUACAAGAACGACCACAAAAUCCGACCCAGCAGCACCAUCAAAACCCGCAGAGAGGGAACAAAGCACUUUCUGCUUAUUUGCAACGUAACUUCAGAGGAUGCUGGAGAAAUCAAAUUCGUCUCCAAACAGGUUGAAUCAGUUGCCUACCUUGAGGUGCAAGAGCUCCCUGCGAGUAUCGUCCGUCCCCUGAGGGACCGCACGGCGCUGGAGAAGCACCGCGUGAUCCUGGAGUGCACCGUGUCUAACCCUCGCUGUGAGGUCAGCUGGUACAGAGGGGACGAGGAGCUGGAGUCCUCAGAGCGCAUGGAGAUCAUCACGGAGGGAUGCUACCAUAAACUGGUCAUCCACCAGGUGGCGGUAGAGGACGAGGGCACCUACAGCAUCCAGGUGGGCGAGCACACGUCCACCGCCAAGCUGCUGGUGGAAGCUCAGUCCAUCAAGUUUGUGAGGGAGCUGGAGGACGUGGAGGUGAGCGCUCCUGAGGAGGCGAGGUUUCAGUGCGAGGUGUCCGUACCUCUAAUGAAACCUCCAGUCUGGACCCUGAACUCCGAAACCCUUCAGCAGAGUCCUGAUAUCCGUCUGGAGAGCCGGGGGAACGUCUACACCCUCACCUUAAAGAGCACCAGCGUGGAGAUGAGCGGGACGGUGCAGGUCACUGUCGGGAAAGCCAAGAGCUGCGCUGCUCUCAGAGUGACUGAAGAAUAAAACAUUACAUAAUAUCCUACAGACUCUAAAAACAGGUGGCCACAUCUUACAGGAUAUCCACCCUCUGUUAUUGUGUAACCAUUAGAGAGAGUGUAUCAUAAAAUGCAGUGGUAUAAUGUGUUGAGAAGUCAAUAAGACAGAAUUGGACAGUAUACGUUGAAAUACUAAUAAUUGAUAAUUUGUUAUAGACCCUAUUGUACACUCUACGUAAGGUGUGUUCCUAUGCUCAUUGUUAUCUUACACCCCACCAACAGUCAAAGAUAAUGCGGUGUGUUCAGGUAAAUUUCUGGCGUAUUUUUUUAUCUUGACAGCGGAAAAUACAGGAGCUCCACUGACUGAA